CGGGAGAGGAGCCUCGUGAGAUUUGGGUGGUCUAUUUUUUUAAAUAGCGUUGGACCUGGAAGAGAAAGCAAGGGGUGAGCGAGCGUAUAUUGAGUGCUGCUCUGGAUUGUUGCUGCUUUGACUCCCUCCAUUCUGCAGAGAGCCCGCACUCUUACCUAAAAGUUAAUUGAUUCAGCUCUCUCCAUUUCAUUGGGACGUGGAUCUUGAAAGAGCCUCCGCUACGUUGUCUCUGUGCCUUUCGGAUUGCAGAGGAGUAAUUGGAGUUUUCACAUACAGACUUGUGCAUUGAAUCUGAAUGCUUUGACUGACAUGAAGAAAAGCAAUGGCCGUACAAGCCGAAAGAGACAAAGAAAGAAAUGUAGAACAUUGUCCUCAUACGGAGUAAGUCUUAGUCACAAAGAUGAAUAUAUACUACUGAAGAAGUGGCUGAAAGAAAGAGGCUGUAAUGUUAAUAAAUUAAAACCAGCACAAUUUCCAGAGACGGGAAGAGGCUUGAUGACCACAAAGGGCCUCCAGGUAGGAGAGCUGAUUAUUUCUUUGCCUGAAAAAUGUUUGCUCACCACCGAUACUGUCCUUAACAGCUACCUCCGGGAAUACAUUGUAAAGUGGAUGCCCCCCAUUUCUCCGUUGAUAGCACUGUGUACUUUUAUAAUAGUAGAGAAAUGUGCCCAAGGAAAGUCACUGUGGAAACCAUAUCUGGACCUCCUGCCUGAGAUGUACAGCUGUCCGGUUUGUUUGGAGCAAAAAGUAGUGGACCUUUUUCCUGAACCCUUGAGAAGAAAGGCCCAUGAGCAAAGAAAGCUGGUCCAGGAACUGUUUAUUUCUUCCCAGCAGUUCUUCUUUUCCUUGCAGCCUUUAUUUCAUGAAGAUGUUACGUCCGUUUUUAACUCUCAGGCAUUCAAAUGGGCUUGGUGCACCAUUAAUACCAGAACAGUAUAUAUGAAGCACUCACAGAGAGACUGUUUUUCUAGAGACACAGAUACAUAUGCCUUAGCCCCAUACUUGGACCUACUAAAUCAUAAUCCUACUGUCCAGGUGAAAGCUGGCUUUAAUGAAAAGACAAAGUGCUAUGAAAUAACAACACUUACACACUGUCAACAUUACAACGAGGUUUUUAUUUGUUAUGGCCCCCAUGAUAAUCAACGUCUGCUUCUGGAAUAUGGGUUUGUUUCCAGGGAUAACCCACACAGCAGUGUUUAUGUUGGAACAGAUACAUUGCUUAAAAAUGUGCUUCCAGAAGACAAACAAAGGCCUAAGAAACUUUCCAUCUUACAAGAACACAAACUUUUGGAUGAUCUCACAUUUGGCUGGGAUGGUCCCUCUUGGAAGCUUCUUACUGCUCUCAAACUAUUAAGUCUUGAAGCAGACCAAUUUACUUCCUGGAAGAAAGUGAUCCUUGGUGGGGUAGUAUCAGAGGUAAAUGAAAAGAAGAGUUUGGAUCUUGCAACAGAAAUAUGUAUGUCUUUGAUCAAGGAAGCUCAGCAUGCCCUUCAGAAGGUUUCUCUCUUAAAACAUGAUUAUGAAUAUUUGAGCACUCAGCUAAAUUUGGUAGAGGCAUUGCGUACGGAAGAGCUAAGAAUCUUACAGCGAUCACUUGAGAUGCUUCAAUGCUUACCGACCAAAACAGUUUGAUCUUCAAAGAAAACAGCACCUCAGUAAUUCCGAUUGGAUCUUCAGAAGCCACAUAUCUAUUUAUUAUUUCUUUACUAUAAAAAUGUACUUCCUGUCUUUCUUUGCAAAGCAGGCACUGGGAGAUUUGCUGCAACUUAUGCCAGAUAGGAUUUUCAGUUAAACACUUUAAAAUCAAGUGUGGGAGGUCUGUAAGCAAGAUAGAUGGAUUCAUAAAUGCUAACAUUGAAUGAAAAGUAAGGGAAGUUCACAGGGAGAAUGAUGAAUCCAGGUAUACAAAGGCCAUUCCAGGGUGCAAGUAUCAUGAAGUAGAUGUCUUUUUUUGUCUCCAUUCUCUCAAUAUUCAGUUACAAUGAAAUUACAAGGGGGCUCUGAAGAAGAUAAGUAAAAUUCCUGUCUUUGGAGGUUCUGAAUUUCUGAUUUAGAAUCCUGAUCAUUUUAUCUUGUGAUGCUCUGAAGAGCUAUGAGACUUAAGGGCCAAUUUUCUCUUCUGCACUGACAAAAUGUUUCAUGUCAUUCAUUUAUUUUAUUUAUUUUACAGUAUUUAUAUUCCGCCCUUUUCACCCCGCAGGGGACUCAGGGCGGAUUAUAAUGUACACAUAUAUGGCAAAUAUUCAAUGCCAAAGAGACACAACAGAUAUAGACAAACAGUCAGAGGCUAUUUAACUUUUUCUGGCUGCCAGGGGAGCUGUCGCUUUCAUCGUCCAUAUGCGACACUGAUGAAAUACUUCCGCAUUCCCUGCAUGCUUUUUUGCUGGAGUGUUUUGCUUGUUAAAUUAGCCUCCCCACACAUAGGUGGUACCUAAUUUUCUUACUUGACAGAUGCAACUGUCUUUCGGGUUGCAAAGGUCGACAACAAGCUACACAACUGGUCGGAAGCUCACUCCGACCCCGGCUGGCUUCGAACUCAUGACCUUGUGGUCAGAAAUGAUCUUAAUGCAGUUGACACUCAGACAGCUGCGCCACAUCUCCCCUUCUGGUACAAGAGCAUGGCAUCACUAAUUCAUUUUACAAUGGUUGGCUAAUAAAUGUUGUGUUUCAUCCCUGACUGCACAAGUCUCCAGACCUCAAUGAGUAGUUAGCCUAGAUAGAUUAGAAUGAGGGAUUUCCUCCCCAUAUUUCUCAGGCAUGCUUUUCUCAAGAAGGGGCUUAGAUUUGUUUUACUCAUCUUGCAUGCCACUAUCUCCUCCCCUUUUGAAUACGUGAUCCCCUGAGGAAACGUAGCUUCUUCUUUAAAGGUAUUUUUAUUGUCCUGGUGAGGCCAUGUGGUCAAUUCUCCAUUUUUGGCCUCACACUUCUUACCUUUUGUUCUGCUAGAGUGAGGAGGCAUCUUGCCAUUGUCCAGGCAAGAUGCAGUAGAUAUAACUAUUUUGUUAUUUUUCCCUUUUCCUUUCCUUAGAAGAUAGCUUAGUGAACCUAGUUAGCUCCAAGAACCUUUCCCAUCAAGAACGGAUUUCUUUUGUCUUUCAUAAACAUAUUCUUUUGGAUCCUAUGAAGUUGUGGAUCCUCAAUCCUGUUCCAUCCUGUUGAAGGGAAACCAAUCCUUGCUCUUUAUACGUAAGUUUCUGCUGGUUAUGAACUGUGCUUCUGGCACUCUGCUAUAUUUUUGUGGAAUCACCCCCAAGUGAGGGUUAUUUUGAGCCUAACAGCUCCUGAUUCCCAACAAUAAUGACUAGGACAGUUCAAUGACUCAGGAAAUUAUUAAGUAAUUCAACUAAACUAUAAAAGGUAUUUCAAGUUACUUCUUUGCUUCUCCAAGGUGCCAAAAAGCUGGAUUUCUCUUCUGUCUGUCUUUGUCCUGUCCGAAACGGCAUUGGAUGUUUACUGUAUAUGUGCAAUGUGAUCCACCCUGGGUCCCCUUGGGGAGAUAGAGCUGAAUAUAUAUAAAUAAAUUAUUAUUAUUAUUAUUAUUAUUAUUAUUAUUAUUAUUAUUAUAUGACAUCCAGGCUCUGUGUUCUUUUGAGGUCCUAAAACAUUUCAGAACUUGAAGUCUCAGACACCUGGAGGACUAAAGGUUGGGAGCCACUUCUCUAGAGAGACUGAAACUGAAUGAAUGUUAAUGCUUAACGAUUGUCCCAAGCAAAUGAUUUUCCAAUGUAUUACAGUAGAUUGAGAAUAAAGACAGCAAAGGCAAGAUAAAACAGAUCACUACAAUUACAAAGCAUUGCCAAGGACAGGUUCUGACAGUAGUAGUCUCUUGAAACCACACCUGAAAGCAUGUGUGAUGUUGUAAAGGUCUUGCAGAAUACACAGUGUUCCCAGAACAAUGACCAUUGUUUUUUUAAAAAAAUAUGUAACUCUACCUCAUGUUAACGGUAUCAAUCUCUAAAUAAUUAUGCUGAAAUGAAUAAAUAAUGAUUGAUUUAUCUAAAUAA